AACAGGAUCACAUCUGGUAGGCACCAGUAAAACUUCCUUCCUACAAUCAACAUGACAUCCCUGUUGGCAAACAUCAACGAUGAGGUGUUCCGGACGUACAUCUUCUGGGCGGCGGUGCUAGUGCUGAAGAUGCUCGUCAUGUCCGUACUGACUGGCCGUCAGCGUUUCCGCAAGAAGGCAUUCGCCAAUCCGGAAGAUCUUCAACCCUCCAAGAAGGGUGCCACACCGAAGUUUGACGAUCCAGACGUGGAGCGUGUGCGCCGGGCCCAUCGUAACGAUUUGGAGAACAUUCUGCCAUUCUUCACCGCCGGGCUGCUGUACAUGCUGACCAACCCGGAACCGUUUAUCGCCAUCAAUCUUUUCCGUACGGUCGCUGUGGCCCGCAUUCUGCACACGAUUGUGUAUGCGGUCGUGGUCGUACCCCAACCAGCCCGUGGCUUAUCGUGGGCCAUUGCUUACUUUGCCACCGCUUACAUGGCGGUGAAGACCAUACUAUUUUUCCUUUAGAUUGCCGCUUAUUUUGAGCGUGUUUCUGGAAAUUGAAAGUAGAAAUAGAUAAUUGUUUUUUUUUUAAAUACAACACUCAAUAUUACCAGUUCGUUUGUCUUCCCCUCGCGAAAACGUGAAAAGACGAAAGACGUGGUCUUCAGGGACCAUCGAUUGGGUUCUUCGUUAGAGAAUUAGUGCAGCACAUAAUGAUUAUAAGAUUUUUAAUCUUAUACCAAUAUGCUCUCAAACUUAUUCUUCUACUUAACCGACAAAUAUUCCUCAACGCUACUUACUCAUUCCGCUGUCGAUUGGAUCUCUUCCGGGUGAGUGGUUCGCAUAUGUGCAUUGAUGAGUGUCUUGUAGCGAUAAGUUUUAUCGCAAAAUUGGCAAUUAAAUACAAUGCCAGUGUGCGUUAGCUCGUGCGACUUCCAUCCGUAUCGCGUUUUGAACUUUUUCGAACAAUGCUGACAGGUAAACGGUCGCUCCGACGAGUGUGAUCUUUCGUGUGUUUUAAGCGACUCUCUGUAAAUGAAACGUUAG